AUGUCAAGCACCGUAUACAUCACAUUAACAACAACAUAUACUCUAUCAUCUGGUGAAAGUUUGUUGAAGACAACCAGACGGACUUCUCGUACAAGCUUAUCUGAGAGUAUAUCAACAACAGCUUAUGAAUCUAAUUUUUUCACUUCAUCUACCUCCGCUAAUUCACCUAAUACUAGCUCUAAGUCUGCCACCAGAGUUCUGUUGCAAUCUUCGACAGAUUCGUCUCCAAUAACAGUAGAUAACUAUCCAACAACUCAUUCGAUUGGCAUGAGUAGUCUGGCCAAACUUGGGAUGGCAAUAGGUAUACCCCUUGCAGUUAUAAGUCUAUUCCUGAUAAUUAUUGCCGGUUGGUAUUUUUGGAAGAAAAGAAAGUUUGAUGAAAAGAAGAGAAAUGCAAUUUCUCCUUACAAAGAUAAUUUUCUUUCAUUCGAUACAAGUGAAAAGUUUGACCAUGACGGGACCAACAGAUUCAUGACUGAUGGUAAAUUGACCGAAAAUCAGAAUGGCUCUUUCAAAGUGAGUGCCACUGAUAGGACAAUCUCGAGUGAGUGGUUUGCUAAAAAUAGAGAUCGUGAUGAUGAAGCCACUAUUGGUGCAAGAGAUAUCGAGAAUCUCCGUCAACCCAAGCCUUCAUUCUUGAAUAGACUAAGCCGUUUGAUCAUAAGUAAUGAUUCAGAACUAUCAUUAUCUCGACCAAUUGUGCCUUCUACUCCCGUCUUGAAAACACCUACUUUUUUGAAAAAAUUCAACCUCCAUCAUUCACCAAGCCAGGACUCGGUCCAACUUCCUCCAUUGAGCGAUGAUCCACCCCAAAAGAGGAAACCACCAAAGCUUCCACCUUUGAUAAGUACUUACAACGCCAAUCCAACGUCUUUGCAAGGCUUUGAAAAUGCUUUACCUUCAAACACAAAGGGCCGGAAGCCCACCGGGAAAAAAUACAUUGUCAUAAGAGAUUAUCAACGUCAAAAAUCUGAUGAGCUUACAAUUCAAAUAGGAGAUCAAGCUGUUAUCAUUGAGGAACACCUGGACGGUUGGUGUUUAGUCCAAUUAACAUUUACCCAUAAUCCCCAGAGUUUAGCCAUGAAUGCGGGUAUGAAAAAGGGAGUCAUACCCAAACUUUGUUUAAGAGAAUUUACAUAA